AUGGCCACGCACCUCGCGCCGACGAUCUGGGCCCUCGUGCUCAUCGUCGCGCUCCUGAGUGCGCUGCGCGUCCACCUCGCCGCCGAUCACCGCGUCAGCCGCCUCGUCGGCACGACAGUGUGGCUGAGUUGGGUGUUGUCGGCGGUGAGCAUGCUGAUCCUGCCGAUCGAUCUGGCGCGGCAGCCGCCGCACGUGCAGGGCGUCGAGCGCCUCUCCUGCGACUCGCAGCCCUUCAGUGCGCUGAGCGUCGCCUGGAGCCUGCUGCUGUGGAGCACGCUCGCGCUCGGCUUCGCCAUGGUCGAGCUGCUGCGCGAGUACGAGCUGACGGGCGGCUGCCUCGCCUCCGGCCUGUACGCGACCGGCCAGCUCCGUUCCGAGGCGCUGGUCGGGUGGCUGCUCGCGGCGUGCAACGCGUGGAGCGCCUUCUUCUUGAUGCUCUGCCUCGCCUACUGCCUCGUCCAGCUGCCUCGCCACCUCUGGCGGCUCUCCACGCCGCCAGCCUUCGUGCUGCACCUGCAGCAGCUACGCGCGAGGCGGCAGCGCGAGCGGCGCGGCGCGGCGCAGGCUCGCGUGGUCCGCGUCGCGGCGUGCUGUCUCGAGCGCCGUGAGGAGGCUGCAGACGGGGCCGGCGGGGCCGGAAGGGAGAGGGAGUGUGCGCGCGGCGUCAGGGGCGAGAUGCUUCGCGUGGACUGA